AUGGGAAGUACAGCGGUACAAAAAGGAUUAUUAGCAAUAAGCAUUGUGUUAAUUGUUAUCGGUCUUGGAUUUACCUUUGCGGGAGUAUUUUCACCAGCCUGGCAAGUUGUCGACAUUCGUGAAUUUCGUGCUGAACAUCAACAUGGUCUUUGGUGGGAUUGUACACGAGCGGAAAAGCAUGUCGUUGCUGUAGCUGAUUUCUAUGCUGAAGAACCGUUACAUUGCAUGUAUAAGUUUGAUCGUAGUGCAGAAUUGGUCAUCGAGACAACCUUAAAUAAUAUCGAUGAAGACGGAGCUGCCGGUGAAUCGGAACAUCAUCGAUUUUGGGUGUUAUGUUCACUGAUUGCCGAUGGUGUCUUUUUCUUGGCAGCAAACAGAGUGGACAAUCGUUUUGUGCAAGGAAUGGUUGGAAGCUAUGAACAACGAAUUGGUUAUGCAUUUUAUGUACAUCUGAUUGGUACAUUAUGUUGGAUGGUGGCAUUCCUAUUCGCCUUAUUAACCACCUAUAAAUUUUUCACCGAACGAUACUCUUCUCGGAAACCUGAUCAAAUUCCUAUCUUCAGUUCUGGUGCCCAUUUUCGUUCGGAUGCUGAUCCACCGCUUCUGGAAAAAUACAAUGUUGCACCGUCGAGGACAUCACCGCCAGUAACAUACAUUCGUGAGCACACGUAUCGCGUAACAAGCGCUUGA